AUGAUUGCCUUACAGGUGCUCAUGGCCACGUCUGCUGCGCUGCUGCGCCGAACACCCUCCGUGAUGUCUCCAAACCUCUUUGCGUUUGAGGACCACUUCUCCUUCGAGGCAGUAAUCGGCAGGUCCCCGUUGAGCGAGGUGUACCGUGCACGGCAUCGUGGGACAGGCCAGCUCUUCGCUGUCAAGCGGUCCAUGCGCAGAUUUCGUUCAAAGGGCGACAGAGACAGGUCAUUGCACGAGAUCCAAGCAGUCGCUUCUCUUCCAAGCCACCCCAAUGUUGUGACGCUCCACCGCGCAUGGCAGCAGCGGGGCCACUUCUACAUCCAGAUGGAUCUCGCCGAGAAUGGCAGCCUCGGCUCGAUUCUGCGGCAGGGACAGCAGGAGGGACAGCUGCUGCCGGAACCUGUGGUGUGGCAAGUGCUCUGGGAGGUGGCACAGGGGCUGGCAUUCCUGCAUGCGCACGACGUGAUUGUCAUGGACAUCAAGCCUGACAACGUCUUCUGCAACCGCAAUGGAACCUUCCAGAUUGGCGACUUUGGGCUGGCAGUUGUGGGCAGCACACAGCGGGACUGGGAGGAAGGCGAUGGCGACUACCUAGCACCAGAGCUCCUCAGCGAUGACAAACCCUCGCCCGCAGCUGACAUCUACAGCCUCGGAGCCACCAUCUACGAGUGUGCAACAGGCAAGAAGCUGCCUCGGUCCUGGCAGAACUGCAGAGACCUUCAGCUUCCUGGGAGGCUGCCGGCUCUGCAGCACUUAGUGCAGGGCAUGCUCUCACGGAAUCCCUCAAGCCGCUUGUCUGCUCAGGAGCUGGUAGAGCAGGUGGGCAUGUUGCAGCUUCCCUUUGGGCUGAGCGCGACAGUGAGCUCCUGUGCAUCCGCAAAAGAUGCACAGCCCAGCUCAGAGGCUGACUACCCCCAGGAUGCAUAUGCCACACCUUCCCACCGACCCCUGGAUCAUGCCCUGCCCAGCACAGGGGGAAGCAGCGUGACAGCCACCUGCAGCAGCGGCCCGACGCCCGGACCGCGGCGGCUGAAUCUGGCGCAGCUGCCCAGCCUCACGCUGCCCGACGCGCCCAGCCCAUCCGCGGUGUCAACCCCCGUUAUGUGCGGGGCCGGUUGGCGGCGGACACUAUCCAGCAGCGACAUGUCCCACGAUGCGUCGGACGUAGGAACGCCCACCCGAGCGCCCUCCUUCGUCCCGUCCCUGCUCCAGCAGCGCCUGUCCGUGUCCAGCCCCACCCUCCUCUCGCCCUUCAGCGAAGCAGGCUGCAGCCCCUUUGCCACGCCAUCGCUGGGGCGCCGGCCGUCAACGGCCGCGACGCCAAGUUUCACAGGGAGCACGGCGCUCGUGUACCACAGCCGCUGGGCGCGCGAGUGCUCCUUCGACCGCUCCGAGGCGGCCGCGCAAGUGCGGCCGUUCUCCCUGGACCCGGAUGACAUGCAGGACAGCCCCAGCUUCCAGCUCGACGAGGACCUGCCAGGCAGCCGCGCAGAUGACGGCGCAGACAUCCUCUGCUUGGAUGACCAAGACCCCUUCUGCACCGCUGGGGAGGAGCAUGCGAGCCCCUCCCAGCUGAGCAGGGACUGCAGCAUGGGCUUGCACGAUGAUGAUGAUGACAACCAGCAGCAGAGGCAGGUGACGGAGGGCUCAAGCCCGCUGCACCACGGCCGCUUCUUUGCACGGCUCUCACUGUCAGGCAGCCAGGCAGAGGAGGCCUGCACAGCAGCGCCAAACACCGGCCAGGCCCAAGAGCAGCAGCCAAUCGCAAGUCCUUUUGCAUCUCAGCGCGCUCAGCACAUGACCCCAGGAGCAGGCCAGCAAUGGACGCAACUGACUCCCCAGCUUUCAAAGGGCCUCAGCAUGUCUCGGAUGGACACUCUGAAGGAAAAGAAGUCACUCCCAUUCGUGUUUGCCUGUUGAAGCCCAGGACUGACAGGCUGCCAGCGCUCUCAAGACCAAUUGGCUAGUCUUUCUUGCUUAAGGUGAUCAGAACAGUAUCAAGACAUGGAAGUGGAACAACAAGAUUCAGCACCGGGCCUUUGGACAAGACACUGCUGUUUUGUAAGGUACUGGCAGAGUCUGUUUGCACCUGUGAC